ACGCCGCCUCCACCACCUCCUCUCCCAGGCAUGGGCCCACCGCCACCUCCUUUACAUGGCAUGGGAGCAUGUCUCCCCUCCUCCUCCACCACCUCUCCCAGGCAUGGCCGGGUCACACCCCCCACCGCCACCUCCUUUGCCUGGCAUGGGCAGCAUGUCUACCCCUCCUCCUCCACCACCUCUGCCAGGCAUGGCCCCACCGCCACCUCCUUUACCUGGCAUGGGCAGCUUGUCUCCCCCUCCGCCCCCACCACCCUGCCCGGGUACAGGAGACAUGCUAGUGGCACAGACCAGCUACUCCUUGGGAUGCGCUCAGACUGACUUUCACAAACCAGUCCGCUACCCAACGCUCCGGAUGAAGAAGCUAAACUGGCAGAAGCUGCCUUCUAAUGCGGUGUCAGACAGUAACUCCAUGUGGACAUCUGUCCAGAGUAUGGGCAGCCCCCUAGAGCCGAAUUACUCCAGCAUUGAGCAGCUCUUCUGUCUGCCUGUGGCACAGUCGAAAGAGAGGGAGGCUGCUACUCCUGUCAAGAAGCCUCCCAAAGAGAUUACGUUUCUUGAACCGAAGAAGAAUCUUAAUUUGAACAUAUUUUUGAAGCAAUUUAGGUGUUCCAAUGAGGAGGUCGUUCAUAUGAUCAAGAGUGGAGAUCGAUCCAAGUUUGAUGUGGAAGUUUUGAAACAACUUUUGAAGCUGCUGCCUGAGAAGCAUGAAAUAGCAAAUCUAAAAUCAUUUCAAGGUGAGAAGGAAAAACUGGCAGAACCAGAUGCAUUCUACCUCCUCCUCCUUAGCGUGCCAUGCUACCAAUUACGGAUUGAGUGUAUGCAGUUGUGUGAGGACACCAGCUCUGUGCUGGAGAUGCUGCGCCCAAAAGUGGACUUGAUCGAUGCAGCAUGUGACAGUCUGUUGACCAGCACUAGAUUACCAAGCUUCUGUAAACUACUUCUAAAAGUUGGAAACUUCUUAAAUUAUGGAAGUCACACAGGCAACGCGGAGGGGUUUAAAAUAAGCACACUUCUGAAGCUGACUGAGACGAAGGCAAACAAGUCCCGUAUCACACUGCUACACCACAUGGUGGAGGAAGCUGAAGAAAACCAUCCAGAUUUGUUGCAACUUCCUGAUGAUAUCGAAUGUUGUUCAAAAGCAGCUGGUAUAAGUAUUGAGUCAGUCCAGGCUGAAGCGAGUUCUCUAACCAAACGUCUGAAGGAGGCUUCCGGUAAAAUAGCAGCAUCUAUAGAAGAGGUCAAGCUGCAGUAUGCAAAACCUACACAGGAGAGUCUUGCUGCCUCUGAAGAGCUUGAGGAUCGCUUUGGUGUCAUAGAAGCCAAGAAGAAAGACCUGGCCCUGUACCUGUGUGAGGACCCUGCCAGGCUGUCUCUGGAGGAGUUAUUUAAUACAAUCAAGACCUUCAGAGAUCUGUUUCUAAAGGCAAUCCAGGAUAACAAUACCAGGAAAGAACAAGCUGCAAAGGCAGAGAAGAGGAAGAAGCAGCUUGAAGAUGAAGAAUCUAAGAGACAAAAGGGAGAGAAUGGGAAGAUUAUUCGUAAAGGCCUACCGAAGCAGGAAGAGGUGUGCGUUAUCGACUCUCUCCUGGCAGACAUCCGCAAAGGCUUCCAGCUGAGGAAGACUGCACGGGGCAGGUGCGAAUCAGAGUGCACUCCUACUAGUGAAACGCAUAGAGGUAAAACAGAUCCUGGCAGAAAUGUCAAUGCUGCAAGAGAAGAAGCAAAAGCCUUGGUUUCCGAGGCAACCAAAACCAGCAGCCGUCGGCCUCAUUGCGCGGUUGUAAUGGACAAAACAAGCAGUGUCAUCUUGCCCCCUUCUGAACCAGACCUUGCAGUACCAAAGGAGGAUACUAGUGCUGCAUGUGCACAGCAAGGCCUUCCUCCAUGCCAAGACACUACAGAAAAAGUCACUACACAACACGGCCCAAGCACGGUGACGCUUGCAGACACAGGGAAUAAUGGGAAUCAAUUGGACAAUAAUGGAAAUGACACCCAGGAAUCGAGUUCCCCUGCUCUAUGUGAACCAGCUUUAGCUAGCCACACACUUCAUGUUUUAAAUGAGCAGUGUGAGGGUAAUGGGGAUGUUGAUAGAAAAAUAGGCCACGAGCCCAGUGCCGCACAGUUUGAACGUAACGGAAACAAUAACGAUGAAAGUGCCACACAGAUUAAGCACAGUGAUCCAAAUGCACUUCUGCUUGAAUCUGCAGAGCACACUGACAGCAAUGGCAACGACGGCCCCCAAAAUACCGCUUUAGACAGGACCACAAGAGAGAGCGACGUUCCUGAUGGUAUGAAGGGGGCGAGAGUCUCUGAAGAGCCAUCGCCAGCAGUAGAAUCAGAGCAAAGCACUUCCAUUUCACGCAAGUCCACAAACUCCCAGAAAUCUGCAGACAAAGGGCUGUCUAAACAUGUUGGGAAGAAUAAAAAGAAGAGUGGUAAAGCAGUUUACAAGGAAAAUGGACACACACAAUCAAAACAAGGUUGUAGUUUACAGUGAGGUGGACCAUGGAAGAAAGGCAAGACAAAAGCCAAAAGGCCAUGUUGAGUUUGGGCAGGUGGCGUGCCUAUCUAUAUGGUGUUGUCAUUUUGUAAAACUGUAGGAUAGUGUACUUCUUUGCUGCCUCCCUGAUAAUGCCAUGAAGCUAAUACUCAAGUGUUGUUCAAAGAAGACUUUUUGGGUUGAAUCACAACAACGGGACUUUAAGUAUCCCAGGGUUUACUUCCGGUCGUCCCGUGAAUUCGAGGAUCUAAAGAAACAACUGCCACUGAUUAAGCCAGUCUUGCUUGAGAUCCAGUGAUUAAAAGGAAGCUUUAAGGAAAAGACUGCCAGUGAUAGACACACACUUCAGGAUUAAAGGGCCAUGCUUAUAAAAUCAUGUGUCACCAUUUUUUUGUGAAAGAAAUGCACCAGUAAUAUCACAAAACGAAUACAAUUUUGAAAUUCACAGCCACUAGGGACUGGUCAGUAAAGAAGGCUUAGUACAGUAGAUCUAAAAUUGGAAAGGGACUGGAAGAAAGUAGUCUUCGUAUGAUGCUGGCCACAAGGAAGGAUUUCACUAUAUGGAGAAAAAAGAUUUAAAAUAUGUAUAUUAUUAAUUGAAUCAUAUUCCUUUCAAUUCUCUGUUUAUUUUUUACAGACCAGCUUUAAAGUGAUAAGGCGAGUGCUGUAGGUAGCGAGCACACAUAACCAAGCAAAGCCGUCAUUGCUUUUCUGGACGCACUAUUUCCUUUCUACAUGUGCUGCCUUGCAUCUUCUUUUUAAAAAACUAUACUAUUCUGAAACCUGGCCUGUUACAUAAAACUGCUCAAAUAAAAAAGGCUUUCAAGUCGCAGCCAAUGGGCCAAAUUGUCUAAGCAUGUACUUAGUAGCUGCUUCUGUGUUUCUAACUUGUAUAAAAGCUAAAGUUGUAAUCGUGUUAAUUCAAGGACCCCUGUGGUGUGUUCUUGCUUCCUUUUGUAACGUUCAUUGAAAUCCCUUCAGAAAAAACAAAACCAGUGUAGACCCAAGCUUUAUUCAAGCUCCAUAUAACUACUUGUGGUUGUUGCUGCUAUUCUAUACUGUAUGUACAGUAUACUUACAGAAGAUUAUAAAGUGGUUAAAUUCAAUGACAGUAAAAGAAAGUCCAUGCCCUCCUUUAUAAAAGUGUACAGCAGUAAAUUUUUCAGUUUUCCCAUGUUAUGUUAUCCAGUUACUAUAGUUUAUCAUUUUACUAUGGUUUGCCUUGUUAGAAAACAUGUUAGAAAACUUGAGGAGGAAGGACUGGCCCCAUAUGUCAACUAUUAACCAAUCAGAUUAUAAAUAAACCUGACACCCAUCUUAUGCGCAAUUGGUCACAUCCCUCCACCUCCACCAGACGCCACUCCUUUUUUCUGUCCUGCCGGCCAGGUAGUGGGUCAUCACAGCAAGCAGAUCUGAGGCCAAAUGACUCCUCUUUAUCUUAUCUAUUACUUAUAUAUACUGUAAGCUGUCUUGGCAUUUAUACUGUUUACAAAACAAUAUUACCUGUAUCAAUAGGUUUGUAUUUUCUAUUGGUUAUUAUUCUGAGCGGCACAUGAUCAUAACAAUAUUCUUCAUGUAUCUGACAACUUCAUAUACAGAACUGUAGUUCUUUAUAUUGGUUUGCCUUCAUAUCUUAAAUAAAACCAUGAAAUACCA